CCAUGACUUGCUUGCACACCACACGAGUUGAGACUUGAGAGACCGCUGACUCGUUGAGUACGAUUCGCGAACCAGUCCCGUUUCCUUGCGCGGCUGCAGACGAGAGAGGGGGAGGGAGGGAUCAUGGUGGCGCCGGACGUGAAGGCGGAGACGAUGAAGCUGAUGGAUCAGCGGGGUGGCCUGGAGGCGGAGAUGGACGCCAUCAUCGCCCGCCUCACCGAGCCCGGCGGGCCGGGCAUUACCGGCGGUCUCGUCGACGCCGAGGGUUUCCCCAGGUCCGACAUCGACAUCCCGAACGUGCUCGCCCAGCGCCGGAGGCUCGCUGAAUUGCGAAAUGAUCACAAGGAUGUUACGAACAAAAUUGAUAAAAAUCUGGAGAUUUUACACUCAGCAAAGCUAUCAAGGAAUGAGCAAUCAACCUCGAGGAGGUCUGAUACAACAAGUCCUUCACACAUUGGAUCAUCUCAAAGUGAACCUAUGGAAGAGGACCAUGUGUCCAAACUUCCUUUUGCCAUGAUUGAUGAAAUCACAGAUGGUUCUCCUGCUUCUGUGGAUGGUUUGCAACUUGGAGAUGAGAUAGUAAAGUUUGGGAAUGUGGAAGCUGGUGAUCAAUUGCAGGAAAGGCUCGUCUCUGAAGCUCUUUCCAAUGAGGAUAGUCAUGUAUCUUUAGUCAUCAUUCGCCAGGGGUCAGCAAUGAAUUUAACAAUUACACCAAGAAAGUGGCAUGGAAGAGGACUGCUGGGGUGCCAUUUUCGAAUGCUAUGAAGUGUCAACGUUCUUCUGCAGGAUGCGUUUGUCUAUCAUGUUUGCACUUGUGGAGAAGGCUCUAGCAAUGUCAUUUCAGCCGCAAAAUGAACUGAUUUAACUGAAUGUGUGGCAUCUUCCAAAAUACUGAUGGCAUAUACUUAACCUGUGGAGCGCUUGAAACAUACUGUACCGGUGUACAAGACUGCCUUUGUUGAGAUUUUUUACUUGUACAUGGUCGGGUUUGAUUCUUAUC